AUGGCUGUCACCCUAUCCUUCUCAUCAUCGUUAUUCUGCCUUUUGGGCAUCCUCCUCCUCCACGGGGCAGCGGUGACAGGCGGGUGUUAUAGCAUGGAGAGGGAGGCGCUGCUGGACUUCAAAGCUGGUGUCGGAGACACCCGCAACCGGCUAUCUUCUUGGACAGGCCACCACUGUUGCACAUGGAAGGGAGUGGCCUGCGACACCACCACUGGCCACGUCGUCAUGCUGGACCUCCGAAACACAAAUAUUACAGAAGAUUGGGCAUUACGCGGUGAGAGGAUGAACUCGUCAUUGCUUGCUUUAUCUCAUCUGAAGCACUUGGAUCUUAGCUUCAAUGAUUUCAGCGGGAUCCGCAUGCCGGAAUUCAUCGGCUCCUUCAAGAAACUGAGAUACCUCAAUCUAUCGGAAUACAGUUCCAAACACAGAUGGAAGAAUUAUAUUUGGGAGACUGUAAAAUUGCAUGGAGAAUGCCUGCUUGGUUUUGGAAUAUUUCAUCUUCUACCAUCACAUAUUUAG